UGCAAAGGUGUGAAAAAACCCGGAACAGGCGAUAUAUUAUCACUGUAAAGUAGGGUAAUGGAGGGGGAUCCCCAUGUCAAAGAUCGACCAUGUUGAUUGCAAGCCUGACAGAACCGACAAACUUGAAGAUGGAUAGACGACGGCUGGCUGAUGGGCGGCGGAUCAUGGCUGAAAGGUUUGCAGGAUUCUUUCCUCCCCUCCUAGGGAUCUUGGGGAUUCUUGGGAGAGGCGCAUCUCGACUCUUCCUUUGGAAGGUCGACGGGACGGGCGUCUGCGCAUGCGCAGUGAUUACUGGUGGUAGCUAUUUCCAUUUAGAAUGGUAUGAAUGUCCACGAUGUGUGACGAGAUCGUGGAGCACAGAGUACGGAGUACCAUUUACUACUUGUGCAGUAUGGGUAGUGGUGUCGGGGUUUCACCAUCCGGGCGUUGGGGCUCCCAUGUGGUGGUUGAAGGCGAGUCACCCGCCGCCAUUAUUGCCGCCGUUAUUGUUCAUCAUCCAUUAUCCGUUAUUCGUCAUGCUGUCAAUCCUGUCAUCAACCUCCAUGGAGUUCUUUGAAGUUCGUUUACGAGUGACGAUGGAUUGGGGUAGAGCCAAGAGCAGGUAAACAAGCAAUGAAGGCGGGUCGGAUGGUCAUAUUCCAUCAUCGUCGUCAGGGCUUCGGCAGUAGUUACUCAUACGUACGAGGUGCUAUCUGUGAUCUGUGUAGUGACGACUUACCCUCGUAACCUGGAGGCGGUCGGGG